AUGCAUCGAGGGCACGGUAAUCGGCCACAAAAGGCGCUUCAACAGCCAAUCAAAAUUCGCGUCCAAGUAUGGUUAUAUGAACAAUGUAAUAUGCGGAUCGAAGGUGUUAUCAUUGGUUUUGAUGAAUACAUGAAUCUCGUUUUGGCAGAUGCCUGUGAGAGACAUAUGAAGUCCGGAGCGAAAAAACCUCUUGGGCGAAUCCUACUGAAAGGAGAAACCAUCACUCUUGUACAGUCUCUGUAA